AAUCGGUGCCUUUUUAAUGAGUAUCGUAUCAUUUUUCGAAGCGGUUAAUUGAUUUGCAACAAACCGCAGCCAACGUCGUAACCGGCUGUAAAGGAAGCAUUUCGUACUUGAUUUGUUCACAAGUUGAACCAAGUGGUCGUAUAAAGUUCUUAAUUGUUGCAUAUCUGAAUGAUAAGAAGAGUGCUUUUUAACAUCUAUCAACUCCUAUUCCAACGCCGAAAGAAGUAAUUUAAAAUCUUUACCGUGACAUUACUAUGGCUUGGUAAAUGAACUAAGUUUUAUAGGCCUGAAAAAGAUUAUUUGAACAAAAAGAAUUUUGAAUAUUUUUAUUGAAUAUUUACGGAAAAUGUCUAAUUCACUGUCCGAUCAAAACUCACGUUCUUCACUACUCUCUUUCUACAAGUCUUCUUCAAGAUUGAACUCAAUAGACAAUGAUUUUAACCAAUGGAAUAUUCAACCAAGACUAAUUAGAACGAAAAAAUCUAAGGAUAAUAAUAGUAUACAAAAAUCUGAAAGUGGUAAUAAAAAUAUUAAAAAUCUCUUCCGUAAAACUGCAACAACUGCACUUAUUCUAAUAAGGACAAUGUAUGAACAUGACUUAAGAGUUAAUAUUGAGGAUGAUCUAACUCCUUAUAUAAGUGAUUUACACUUUUAUGGAACAAAGGAUUUACAAUUCGAAAAAGGUAUACCGAAAAGAAUUAAAAUGGUUAGGAGGCAUGGGGAAAUGGAUUUUGAUCCUAGAGAUUACAAGGCUAACAGACAAUUAAGGAUAUCCGAACAACUAAGGCGAAGUUUGACAAAACCUGCAAAUGAAAGGAAUCAGGAAGAGAUUCGCCAGAUUACUGUAGCCUUAAGGAAUAUAGAAACGUUUGGGGAAUAUCCUAUUAGAAUGCAAGAAAAGAUUGCUGCAGUUGGAAAUUACGAAAGGUAUGAGGGUAAACGCGUAAUACUUCGGCAGGGGCACCCUGCGCAUGCUUUCUACUUUAUAUUAUCCGGAUGCGUCGUUGUCAUGGUAACCGACAAGGAAUCCUCUUUUACAAAGCCGGUAGCUUAUUUGCCUCGAGGAAAGAGUUUUGGAGAAUUAGCCAUAAUCAAUCGAACAAGUAGGCAAUCGAGUGUUAUUGCUAAGGAGCCCGUCGAGUUAUUAAGCAUCUCCGUAGAAGAUUUUAACAGAAUAUUUAUGGAUGGAGGUUCAAAAAACACCAACGAUCCUGAUCAUUAUAGAUUUCUAAAGGAAAUUUACUUUUUGAAGGGUUUUGAUUUGAUGAUAUUUAAAAACAAUCCAUCAAAAUGCCUAUUUCACUAUUUCAAACGAGGUGAAGUUUUGGUAAAAGACAGCAAUUAUUUUGAUUGGUUGAUUAUAGUAAAAUCGGGAAGUCUGCAAGUGAUUAAAAAGCUUCGACGACCCUUCCGAUUUUUGGACAAACGACAUCAACAAUUGCUGCAAGACUUUGAAAGAAAACGACAGAAGGAAAAGGAAGAGGAAUUAUUAAAUCAGCAAAGACAACAAACUUUACCAGAUUUAAGAAUAUCUCUUCUCUCUCCGGAAUGCGUAAAUAGUGAAAAAAAUGUCUCUUUAUCCUUACCAAAUAUAACAAGUACGGAUUUUAAAGAUCAAUCUCUAAAAUCUUUUCUGGGUCGUUUUUCAUCAAGAGAAAAGAAAAGACUAAUUGAAAACAGUGAUAAUAAACCGUAUCUUUCACGAAGUUUGGCAUCCUUUACCACUUCACCUAAAACGAUAAUCGGUUCUUCCUUCAAUUUUCCGGAAGACAAAGUGAAAGAUUACAAUGUGAAGAAAAAGGAUAAAGAAGAAAUAGACGACGAUUUAUCCAAGGUUAAACAGGAAGUUAGAACUAUUGCAACUGAUUUAGAUUCUGCUUAUAAAAACAAAAAGAAGGACGCCUGCGAAGCUGAUAUUGAUCCUAUAUACGUAGAAAUUCAAACAUUAACAAAAGGCCAAGUUUUUGGAUUACAGCAUUGCUUCCUAGACAAUCAGCCAUCUCUUUCCGUUGUGUCAAACGGUACGGAAUGCAUACUCAUUGAUAAAAAGUUGUAUAAAAUGCAAUUAACUACAAGUGGAAUUGAAGAAUUAAAAUUAGAAAUGGCAUCUUAUCCGUCCGAUGAAUUCUUCCAGCGGCUUAUUGACGACAGAGCAGAAUGGCAAGCUUAUCGCUUGAAGGCUUUAAAGAACACUUUAAAGUGUCUAAGUUUAAAUUAGAAACUAGAAACAUGACUUUUCUUUUUAAAUAAAUGAAAAAUUUGUCAGUAGCAAUUUAAAUUCUUACACGUGCACAAACGAUUAAUUACAGAUUGAAGGCCGAAAGCUAGCUGAUCAGAGUGACGUCAUAACAUAAAUCAUCACGAUUCCACCUUCAGCUGUUGUUUGCUCUCACACCUUCCAGCAGACGAGCGCACGCGGAUGAAAUUUAUAUCAGACUGCAAACUCGUUUAUCCAGUUUGCAUCUGCCAUAGGCGAUAGAUCAGUUUGGCUCGUUUUGCUGAUAAAGUGCUUACAGAACGUAAGGUUGUUCCAACGAUACUGCCAGCCUUUUUCGAUGAGCCGUUAUCUUCGGCAAUCGCUAAGUUAUAUUAUAGCCAGACUAUGUAAAUAGA